CUCCGCGUUGAGGCCUGCCGUUGCUCUUCCUGUCGUUUUGACUGACGCGUCCAUUCAGUGCCGUUGCAGCAGAAACAUGACGACAGCCGUGGAGAAUCCGCUGUACAGGACUGGUUUUGGGUUGCUCGUCGCAGGUUGUGCGGUCGCAAGCUAUUAUUUCCGGGACGCAAACGAGGGAGACGACCAGGGCGAUAGGAAUGCAGAGUCCCGCACUACGGAGCUGGACGACGGACUCGGGGAUAUUCCCUCACCUAUUAGUAGCUCGAAAGAAGCUGCAUUAUUUGAUAAAUUCAAACGAAAUUGGCUACUUGUCUACAGCUUUGUCAUGAUGGCGGACUGGCUACAGGGACCUGCAACCUACCCUUUGUACAUAUCUUAUGGUUAUGACCUCAGUGAAAUUGCCAUCCUGUUUGUGGUUGGGUUUCUUUCAUCUGCAGUAUUUGGCACUGUAAUUGGUUCAGUUGCGGAUAAAAUAGGGAGAAAGCUGGUGUGCCUGAUGUUUUGCGUUAUAUAUGCAGCAUCGUGCCUCACGAAGCUGUCCUCGAACUUUAUGACGCUUUUGCUGGGCCGGGUGCUAGGUGGUAUCGCAACUUCGUUGCUUUUUUCUGUGUUUGAGGCAUGGAUGGUUAGUGAGCACCACUCGCGAGGGUUUAGGGAAGCUCUUCUGUCUGACACAUUUUCUUGGUCAACUUUCUUAAACGGACUGGUGGCCAUCCUCUCCGGCGUAUUGGGCAAUUUCUUAAGUGACAAGUGGGGUGUUGUAGCACCCUUCAUGGGGUCCAUUUUCUUUCUCUGCCUAGCUUUCUUGGUGGUGCAGGCGACAUGGAAAGAAAAUUACGGCAGUGAUAAGCCGGGUGCGAACAGAUCUUCAAUCAGCGAGGCUGUCAAAUCCAUCUGGCAUGGUGUGGAUAUACUCGCUGUUGGUGUCAUGCAAUGCUUUUUCGAAUCGGCAAUGUACACCUUUGUGUUCCUCUGGCAGCCAGUUUUAACAGCGAAGGCAUCAGGCUACGGAGCGCAGGUUCCGUAUGGUAUCGUCUUUGCUGCCUUCAUGGUGUCGAUUAUGCUUGGAUCAGUAAUAUUCAAGGUCCUUUUGCGCCAUGGAUGGAGGCAUGAGGACGUUGCAUGGGUGACGUUUGCUGUCGCAGCUGUGUCCCUUUUCGUACCAGUAAUUGCGUCGGACGAGUUUACUCUUUUCGUCAGUUUCAAUGUCUUUGAGAUGUGUUGCGGAUUAUAUUUUCCAUCUCUUGGUACUCUCCGGUCAAAGCUAGUACCCGAAGAAACGCGAUCAACAAUUAUGAACGUUUUCCGCGUGCCAUUAAAUUUGAUUGUGGUCGUAGCACUCUCGAAUGUCAAAAGUGUGAACACGUCGACACUUUUCGCUAUUUGCGCUUUUUUGGUUGGUGUAAGCAUGUUUUUCGCCCGGCGUCUGGCGCUGCGGGCCGGUGCCGGGAAAGUUCGUAACGGGCGACCUCCAUCUACAGUGGUUUGGGACGGGACCGAGGAUAAGAGUGCCGAGAUGGAGCGGUUGAAUACUGUAAAAACCUAAGCUUGGAUGUUACAAAUACUCGAUGUAAAUGACGAUUAAAAGAAAACUGCGCUGUACAUCUUAUUUUGCAAUUGGACACCGCAAGCACCACCG